UAAAAGUAAAUAUUUAAUUAGAAGCACAAAGAAUCAACGGGCACGUCAUUAGUUGGGAAUUACCCUUACCCGAGACAGCUGAAUAGUUUUGUGUAGUUUGCGGUUCUUGGUUUACUAUACCGUGUGUUUUGUAGUACAAACCAUGUCGCUUGUUGCAACGAUAUCAAAUACUGUGGGAGUUUCCGAACCAGCGGUUAAACUUCUUAUAACGGUAUAUUCAGGUUACCCCCUCGCGUUGAUACACCGGUUGUUUCCCUACAAGAAACACAUAUGGUUGCAAUAUGUUUACUUCACCAUAUCAAGUCUGUGUAUGCUGUAUUGGAACUAUGGUUUUGACGUUUAUCAUUCCUUGUUGUCUUUAUUCGUACAAUGGUUAAUAUUCAAGGUAUUUGCUGCAACCUCAGUCAUGGUGGGAUUAUCAUUCCUAUUCCAAAUGGGGUAUCUUGUGUACGGAUAUUCGGUAUAUUCCACGUCAGGAUACGACAUUAACUGGUGCAUGCCGCAGUGUAUAUUGACACUAAGGAUGAUUGGUUUGGCAUGGGACGUAUAUGACGGACACCAGAAACAUGAAAGUUUAAACAAAGACCAGCAAGAACGAGGAAUCAAAGAUAUUCCAAGUUUGAUCGAAAUAUUUGGGUUCAAUUAUUUUUAUGGAGGUUAUAUAGUUGGCCCCCAGUUUCCGCUUCAAAGAUUGCGAUCGUUAUUGAACGGGGAGCUCACUGACACUCCCGGUGGUAAACCUAACAGUUUAUUCCCUGGUUUUCGUCGAUGUGCAUCGGGAACCCUCAUGCUUGCCUGCCAAGCUUCUCUCGCUUCAAUGUUUAACCCACUUUAUUACACAACAAUCGAGUUUCAGACGUCCCCCUUCUUAUACAAAGUUGGUUACGUUGCCAUCACUGGUCAUGUUACGUUGUUUCAAUAUGUUGCCAUCUGGGUGGCUAAUGAAGGUUCUUGUAUAAUAUCGGGGCUUGGUUACAAGACACAUGAUGGUGGGCGUGUGACAUGGGAUGCUGUUGGUAACGUUAAGUUGAGGGGGUUCGUUUCCGCAACCAGUUUUCAAGAUGUGAUUAAUUGUUUUAAUAUUAAUACAAAUGGAUGGGUGUUAAGAUACGUUUUCAAGCGUCUCCGAUUCAUCGGCAUCCGCUUGGUGUCCCACCUUUCAACUUUAUACUUUCUUGCAUUAUGGCACGGUUUGCAUGAAGGCUACUUCACUUGCUUCACUUUUGAGUUGUUGGUGAUGACUGUUGAAAAACCUAUGUUAUCCAUGAUCAAAGAGCUGUCAAUCAUCCAAUACAUGAAAUCCCACCCCAUAUUAUCAUGGAUACCAACUAUAUGUGGAUGGGUGUACCUGCAUACGCUGCUGGGGUACGCCGUUAUCGACUUUGCAUUGCUUAAGUGGGGCAUUUAUUCACCGGUCUACGCAUCAGUAUAUUACUACGGACACCUUUCAUUCUUGCUUUUGUUCGUUUUACUUAAAAUUCAAAAUUUCUUCAAAAACAAAGAAGAACAUGUUAAGACGAGCUGAUGACGUCAUAAUGAAAUUGAUGACGUCAUGACGAAAAAACAUGCAUUGUGACAUGAAUGCUGUAUUGUUACUUUAUUACAUCAUAGUAACACCAUGACGUAACAAUGAUAUUUAUUAAACAGAUAAUCGAUUCUGUUAGAAUAUGUUCUAGAUUUGCUCAAUAGAUUGAACUUUAUUUGUGAUUUAACGAUUUUUGGUGAAAGGAAAUUCUCUGCAAUGCAAAAUAUGGCAAUGAAAGAAAAAGAAUAAUUAAUUAUUUUUAAAGUUGAGUAAAUAUAUUGCUUUUACCGUGUGUAUGUUGGUUUUACUGUAAUGUACCGUUGUGCUAUUUGUUAUUAUAUUGCUACAACCUGUAAGUACUCAAAAUAUAAUUGGUUUUAAAUUUUCCGAAUUGACAUCAUAGUACUGUAUGUGACGUAAUAAUGUUCAUUGUUUGUUCAUUUUUAUGAAGAAUUGUUGGAAAAUAUAAAGCAGACGUUUA